UUGACAGCCAUCGAUACCAUCCACAUCGAUGCCGACAAUUAUUCAGCUAAAAAAAAUUUAGGCAAGGCAAUAAAUAAGUGCUCCGGCUUAUUAAACCCACUAACUAGAAAUCGAAUCAUCAACAGAAUGUCGGCAGCAGUAGGAUCAAUUCCGCCUCCAGUUUCCUGGGCCCAGCGAAGCGACUUGGUCUAUGUGAUCAUCGAUGUUGAGUGCAAGGACAUUGAACAGAAAGUGACAGAGAAUAGCUUCACCUUCAAGGGUGUUAACGCGCUGGAUGCGUCUAAGAAAUACGAAGUCACGCUCAACUUCUUUGGAACGGUUGAUCCCGAGAAGGUGAGCAGCAAGAACAUUGGGCGUUGCUUGGAAUUCACAAUACCCAAGAAGGCGAGCGGACCCUUCUGGCCCAGUCUGACCACGGACAAGACGAAGCUGCACUUCCUUAAGGCCAACUUUGCCAAGUGGCGCGAUGAGUCCGAUGAUGAGGAAGCAGGUGACGCCAAAGACAAUGGAAUGUUUGGCAACUUCCUGAACAACUCUGGUGGUGAUUGGAACAAUAAAUUCGACGACUUCAAUGUUGACGAUGAGGAGGAGGACUCCGAUGACAACAUCCCGAGCCUUUCCCAGAACGAUGAGGAAGAGGAGGAGACCGGCGAGGGCGACAAGAAGAAGCCGGCUGCUUAGAAAGUUUGCCGGUGUCAAGCAUUUUGGAGUAGUCGUAGCGUUAGCCGAGGCGCUUAUACCAUUAAGUCCACACAAACACACCAACACUCGCACUCUCUCUCCUACACACACCCACUCACACACAACACACAAAAAAAAACCAACCAACAGCAUCCAUAUAAAAACAUCCGCAUACGCAUGCGUACAUACACUAUUCCAAAAAGAAACCCAUUUAACUUAACUGAAUAUUGGCUGCGUAUUCAGGUGAGGCGAGAGAUGUUAACAACAAAAAGUAAGACGGAACAAGAAACGAAACAUUGGGCGCCGACAAGAAAACCAUAAGUUUUACGCUAGAAUUUAACAACAACCAGAGGAAAGCUACAACCAAUUCAUUGCAAAAAAUGUGUUUGCAGUUUAUUAUUUUUUGUUUCCUGUAAAUAAAGGAAAUUACAAUAAAUAAAACAAAAACGUAAA